AUGAAGAGCGCCGUAGGCAGCAGCGGGGUGGGGCGGGUGUGGGUGGGGCGCCUGCCGGCUGUGGGCCAGCUGGUGGUGGUGACGCGCGAGGCAACAGCCACCACUGCGGCGGUGGCGGCAGAGGCAGGGGGCGGAGGGGCGCCACUGGUGGUGGGCGGACGAGAGGGGCGGCACCUGCUGGUGCGGCGACCACGUCCCGGCGAGGCCGUGCAGCUCUUCGACGGGCGGGGCGCCCUCGCCACCGCCACCGUCGUGCAGGCCUCGCGCCACCAGGCCACCCUGCGCCACUCUGACGGCGAAGACGAUGACAAUUACGGUGAUGACGAGGAGAAGGAGCUCGAGUCGCUACGCGCUGCUACUCGCGGCGAGGAGUACAACAACGGGACCGAAGGAGAAGGCCCACAACAAGGCGACAAGGAGGAGAAGGAGAAGGAGAAGGAGGAGGGGCAAGGGCAAGGGCAACGGCGGCUGACGGUGGCGGUGGCGAUGCCCAAGGGAAGCCGAGCGGACUGGGUGGUGGAGAAGCUGACGGAGGUGGGCGCCCACCGCGUGCAGCCCCUCCUCGCCACCAAGUCCGUCCUCCUGCCCGGCGAUGGCCGCCUCCAGCGGUGGCGCCAGAUGGCCCUGGAGUCGAGCAAGCAGAGUCUGCGAUUACACAUUCCCGAGAUCGCACCCCCCGUGUCCGUGGCACAGUUCAUGCGCGAUCUCGACCAUCAGGGCGGAGGGUUGGCCAACACGACGCUGCUGUGGGGCUGCAUGCCGGGGGACCUGGCCGCUCCUCCCGCGCCCCUCUUUUCCUUCCUCGCCACCCACAAGCCCGCCCAGGUGCACCUUCCAGAGCUCUCUGUCCACGCCCUUCCGGUCUUGGGGGCACUGACGCGUGCAUGGCUUCGGUGGCGCGACGGCCUUGAUGGCGAUGGCGAUGGCGAUGGCGAUGGCGAUGGCGAUGGCGAUGGCGAUGGCGAUGGCGAUGGCGAUGGCGAUGGCGUGCAGGAGGUGGUGCUGUUGGUGGGGCCGGAGGGGGACUUCACGAACGCGGAGAAGGAGCUGCUGCGCAAGGCGGGCGCGUUCGGGGUGUCCCUCGGCCCCAAUCGCCUGCGCGUCGAAACGGCGGCCCUCGUGCUCGCCACCGCCACCUCACUCGCUUGGUUCCACUAG